AUGACCGACCGUGUCGCAGGCCCAGGACUGCGGCGCCUCCCGCCGUACUGGCACGAGUACAAGACGCGCGCCAAGACGCGCUGGUACGGGCGGCAGAUCCUUGAGGUGUUUACGACCGAGUUUCGCGAUCGCACGAAAGAGUAUUACCUGUGGGCCAUCCACCAUGGGCUCUGCACGGUGAAUGGGCAGUGCGUCGCGCCCACGUAUCGCAUCCAGAACAGCGACUUUUUGGUCAAUCGCGUGCACCGCCAUGAGCCGGCCGUCACCAACACGCCCGUGAAGAUCCUGCACCGCGACGACGCGCGCGGGCGCCUCGUGGUGGUCAAGCCAGGCAGCAUUCCCGUGCACGCGACGGGGCGCUACCACCACCACACACUCGUCGAGAUGGUCAAGCAGCAGGCGCAGAUACCCCAGGUGUACACGAGCAACCGCCUCGACCGCCUCACGUCCGGCAUCAUGGUGUGCUCCACGACCAAAGAGGCCGCCUGCGAGCUCGGCAACGACUUCAACGCCGGCCUCGUGAACAAGGCGUACGUGUGCCGCGUGCAGGGCCACUUUCCCGACGGCCUCGUCGACUGCCGCGAGCCGAUCCUCAGCGUCGACCGGCAGAGCGGCCUGAACAUUGUGCACCCGAAGGGCAAGCCGUGCCGCACGCUGUUCCAGCGCCUGUCGUACGAUGCGUCGACCGACUCGAGCGUGCUCGUGUGCCGCCCCAUCACCGGGCGCACGCACCAGAUCCGCGUGCACGCGCAGUUCCUCGGGCACCCCAUCAGCAACGACCCCCUCUACCACCACCCGGUGUGGGCCACCGUCGAUCGCGACGUGCUGGCGACCGCGCAGCCGCGCUUUUACGAGCGUGUGGGCGGCGGCACCGGCAACGCCGAGGUCGAGCGCGUGCUCACCGCGCUCAAGGGCACACGCGACGACACAGAAGGCUGGGCGCGCUGGCGCGAUCAGGUCCUGUUCGGCCAGCUGAACAAGGAGCUCGGCUACGACGAUGUACCCCUAUGCCCCGAGCCCCGCCCCGACGAGCUGUACAUCUACUUGCACGCGAUCAAGUACUGGACCGAUGCGUGGGUGUUCCAGGACGAGCUGCCGUGGUGGGCCACACCCCACUGGCAGGACCCCGCACAUGCGCUGACACCGGACGACGUCGCCCUACCCGAUGGCCCCCUGAUUGCGCACCAUGCAGGGCACGAUCCGCUCGGCCUCGGCAAGGGCGGCGCGCGCCGCCGCAUCCACGACGAGGUCCCGCCCGCGACGCGCCUCGUUGCGUACCCGGUGUGUGGGCGCGCGGCCAGCGCGCCUGCCCCUGGCGCGAUGCCCGCGCUCGUGCUCGAAGUGACCCGCGGCCUCGAGGACGCCGCGCAGCGCGAGGUCCUGCGCCGCGUUCCGCCGCCGACGGGCGCCUCUGGCGCUGCGAUCGAGUCGGCGCUGCACUCGGGCCUCUUGUUCGUGCGUGCGCCAUGGCACGCAGCCGUGUGCGCAGCGUACGAGCGCAACGAGCUGCCCGUAGCGACCGCCGCGCACUGGGCCAUGGGCGAGGCGAUCCUGCCGCGGCCUCUGCUCGAUGCGCUCUUUGCCGAGCGUGUCACGGCGCUCGGCGCCAGUGGCCCGGGCCACGAAAAAGAGGCGCAGCCGACGCCGUCCGAGCACGCGCUGCUCACGUGGAUCGCGCAGGUGUGGGCGGACCAUGCGGCCGCGAGGGACGCCGCCCUGCAGGCGUGGCAGGCGCGGUGCGCAGCGCCGCUGCCACAGACCUGGCACGUGAGUGUGGAUCGCAGCAGCUAUGUGCUGCCGACUCUCAGCACCAGCUCGCUCGAGGCCCACGCGCAGGGCCUGGUCGCGUCGUGGCUCGGGCCGUCGUGGACUCUGGCGCCGCGUGCCGAGGCGUCCCUGCAUGUGAAGCUGGCGUGGGCGCCGCGCUUCCGCGUCGACGAGUCGCUGCAGUGUGGGCCGCGCGCCCGCCAAGGCAACCCGUCGGGCUGUCUGUGCCUGCAGCUGCAUAUUCCUGCACGGGCCGCGACGACCGCGGAGGCCGUGCGCACGGCCAUGGCGCGCGCGCGUGCUUAUGCGUUGUGUGCGCUUCUCCCCAUCAGCGAGGGCGCCGCAGUGAGCACGCUGCACAGCGCAGACACGCAUCUUGCGCGUGCGCUCGACGAUAUGCUGCAGGCGCGUGGGCGGACGCCGCAGCACGAGGCGCCGUUGGACGCGGCGCUCGUCGAAAUGCCGCUCAAGCCCAAGGAGCUGCCGCAUGCGCACCUCUUUGAUCUGUACGCUGCCGAGGUCGCUCGCCUGGCGCGUGCGCUCAAGGAGGGCGGGCGAGCGCUCGUGCUGACGAGCGAGCCGCGUCUCCUCGCACGGGCGGUGCGCGAGCAGGUGAACGAGGCGCGGCGCGAGCAGCGGCGGAGUGCGCUGGCCCUCGAGCCGAUCGUGUGGGAUCUGCCGCUACAGGACUACGAGGACGAGCGCACCGCGCACGAGGGCGACGAGGAAGCGCAGCAGCGCAGUGGGCUGCGUACCAUCCUGCAUCACCACACGUUCGUGGCGCAAAUGGCGCAGCGCGCUCUCUAUGCAGCGUAG